AUGCCCGCCCAACCCUACGACCCGCCACCGUCGUCGCGCCCAUCCUCUCGGACCUCCCGACCCUCCUCUCGCCCUACUUACCCUCCCGAAUCCAUCUUUGAGCGAGUCGAGCACGGUCUCGAUGCAGUGGAGCACUACGCCAGCGAGGCGGAGUACAUUGCUGGGCAAGUCGGAAAGGCCGCGAGGGUCGGGAAGAAUAUUGAGCGGGAAGUCGAGGAGGCGUAUGGACACGGCGCUCGUUCGCAGGGUCCCGUGAACGAGUCGGAGGAUGGGUCUGAGGGACAACAGCAGAAGACGCUGUUGUCGAAGAAGACGCGUCCUUCAAGUAAGGCUCAGCAGGAACAGGCGCCCUCAGUUGUGCCUUAUCAGUCACCUACCUCAACGACCCGGCAGCGCAAGCAGACGUCGACGGCCGACACCUCCGCAGCUUUCCUCAAAGACCUCGACCAAAUACAAGAAGCCGUCGACGACCUUUUCGACGAUGUCGAACUCGUCGCCCUCCAGCGACACCGCCUAACAGGCGUUCCGUACGCCGUCUCCGGUCUCUUCGAAGACCGCAAGAUCGAGCGGCCACGGUCGUCGAAGCAAGAGCAGAAGGAGGCGACCAAACUCGCUGCGAUGGUCACCCAGGCAGGCAAGGACUUGCUUGUCCAGUACCGGGCAGUCUGCGGGCUUGCAACCCGGCUCGACAGUCUGAAGACGAGGCGCGUGUUGUCGCCACGCGACUUGAGACGGGCGGAGAAGUACCUCAAGACCCUCAACUCGACAUUCGCGUCUUUGCUCGACUUCGUCGAGGACCGCGCGAAGGAGGAGAAGCGGGCUAUUGACGAUGGGUCGGCUGGCGAAGCGCUCAUGAGGCGCAUCAAGGACGAGCACCCGAAGUGGAAAACCGCCGACGUCCGGCACGCGCUGGAGAAGGCGGAGGCUGAGGCCAAGUCGUCAACGUUGGCGACUGUCGAUCUGUCGUCGUACGCUGGUCGCUGGCUGCUCGAGAACCCCUUCACCGAGCUCGAUGCGGUCCUACAGACGAUCGACCUGGCCGAGCACCAGAUCAAGGAGGCGAAGGACACCCGGACGGGGUCGUGGGCGCUUGGCUCGCUCCUCUCGCACGCCAUCCCGCAACUUCGCCAUAAGCAGGCUCGUUCUGCGAAACCUGCGCCUCCUUCGUCGGGGUUGUACGAGGUUGGCAAGUCGUCACGCCACUCAUCGCGUUCACACGCCUACCGCGAUCUCGCCAAGAACGAGAAAGGCUCGCUGUCAGACAUCUCGACCGACUCGGACGAAGCGGACGACCUCGAGAAGCAAAAGUCGACUCUCCUUACCAAGAAGCAUGCGAAGGCGGCAGACGGGACGGAGUUGAGCGCACUGGCUGCCGCGAUGGCCCCGACCUCGGACGGCUUCCAGGAGAGCCAGGCCGACUUGAUCGAAGACGCGAAGGAACAGGCGCAGACGGAACAUAUCUAUACCCCUAUCCUCAUCCUCUACUGGGUCUGCAUCGUCCUCCUCUACAUCUACUAUUUCAUCGCGCGCGGCCUAGGCUUCACUUCGCCGCUCGGAAACGUCGACCUCGGAUCCGUCAUGGGCAACUCCGCUUGGAACGACACCCACGACGGGCUCAUUAAGACGACUGCCGGCAUGUCGUCGACGCCGAGCAGCUCCGUCUUGUCCGCCUCGGCAAUUUCGUCGAACCUCUUCCCUCUUACUUCGUCCACCAGUCCAUCGUAUACGACGUCUACCGGCCUCAAUGACCUCGACAGCAUUCUCCACGCUAUGCAGUCAGCGAACAUCGGCGCAACGAUGACAGCGGUAGCAACGGCGGCGCCCUCUCAGUCUGUAUAG